AUGCUACAGUGUCAUCUCAAGAGAUGUAGUGUACUCCACAAUCCCCAGGAAUCUUGCUGUAAGGAUAGUGAGAAUUAUGAGGUCAUGAUCAGGUGUGGGAGGAUGUGGAGACCCUGGUUCCAUAACCCAGUGACAUCAAUGCCGGCACAGCAAACCUCUAACAGUAUAUUGCAGUCACACAGUGCAAAUCAAGGAGCCAUCGCUGACAAAGCAAAGCUGCCGGACUUUCAGCACCCUGUAAAGUUGUUCUGGCCCAAGUCAAAGUGUUAUGAUUUUCUGUAUCAGGAGGCCGAGGAACUGCUGAGGAACUUCCCUGUUCAGGCGACCAUCUCCUUGUAUCAGGAAUCAGACAGCAGUGCUUCUGAGGAUGAGGAAUUCAUGGACAAUUAA